CUCCAGUACUAGAGACAGAUACAAAAGGAGACAUCACACCACCCCCCAGCCCAGCCCAGCCAAAGCGCAAGCAUUCCCAAGCAACACAACACGGCCGGCCGGCCUCCCAAGAACACCAAGAACCUUCCUCCGAUCCUCCCCUUUCCCGUCCCACCAAUCCGACCUAGGUGUCUGUGCGUGCUAGCAAGGCACGUACGCUCCGAUCGGGGCGCGCCGGUGGCCGGGAGAUGGAGGCCAGCUCGGCUGCGUCGCCGGACCUCUCGCUGCACAUCAGCCUGCCCAGCACUGGGCCGCCGACGGGCCCGGGGGGCGGCGGAGGCGGGCGCGGGCCUGUGGGCGGCGGAGGCGGGGAUCCCUGGAGGAGGCUGAACGGGUCCACGGCGUCCACGGAGCUGUCCUUGUCUCCGCCCCUCCUGGCCGCCGACCAGGAGGGCGCCGCGCUGCCGUGGCGGCACAGGCCUUCGUCGUCGGCUGCGGCGUCCUCGGCCGCCACCACGUCCGCCCAGGCCGCGCUGAUAACCAUGCCGAUGCUGCAGCCGCUGGACGCGGGUGUCGGCGGCGCGUCGGCGGCGCCGCCAAUCCGGGGGAUACCUAUCUACAACGGCGCCGGGGGCUUCCCGUUCCUGCCGCCGGCGCCUGGGGGAGGAGAAGGGCACCACCUCCCGAAGGUCGGGUUCUACAGCUACCACCAUCCGGCGGCGUGGCCCUCCUCCCUGGGAUCGACGUCGCCGUCCUCUCUCGGGCCGGGGCCGGCGCCACCCGCGAAUUCCUUCGACCCCACGGCGGCGUUCCUGUCGUCGGCCGCGCACCAUCGGAUGCUGUCGGCCUCCGGAAGACUAAACGGCAUGCUCUCCGACACCCUGCGUAGCUACGGCGCCCCCGGCGGCGGCGUCGGCAUGGGUCUCGGCGGACACCAUCAUCAUCUCCACGGCGCGCAGCCCUUCGGGCUGGGGUCCCGGUUCAUGCCCAAGCUCCCCGCCAAGCGCAGUAUGCGCGCGCCCCGCAUGCGCUGGACCAGCACCCUCCAUGCCCGCUUCGUCCACGCCGUGGAGCUCCUCGGCGGCCACGAGAGGGCGACGCCCAAGUCAGUCCUAGAGCUCAUGGACGUGAAGGAUCUGACGCUAGCGCAUGUGAAGAGCCAUCUCCAGAUGUAUCGAACCGUCAAGAGCACUGACAAGCCUGCGGCCUCAGGCCCGACCGACGGCGGCUCCGGCGACGACGACUUCCCCAGCGCCGGUGGCCAGGCCGGGUCCGGUGGCGACAACAACAUGUGCCCGAGGCCGUUCCCGGAGCACCGGUCCACCUCCGAGGGCACGGCGAGCUCCGUCGGUGGCGGCGGCGACAUGGACCAGUCCUCGGCAGGGAACGCCAGCACCAAGUGGAGCAACUCCUCAAGGGACCCAUGGGUGUCAUCUAAUUCUUGCAACAUGGAUGCUCAUCGCUCCAUUGGACUGUCUUCUCCAAUGGAGAACAUGGAGCCCUGCAGAUCAACCGGCUCGCAAGUGUCGAACCACGAGCUGAGCAGCCCGAGCCUGGAGUUCACGCUGGGGAGACCGGACUGGCAUGGCGCGGAUCAUGACUAGCCAUUGAGUCAUCAGAUCGACAAGAAAAACCUAGCAACGCUAAUUUUCGGUCCAAGAUAGUACACCGGUACUGAUCAUCUUUUAGUUGAGUUUGCCCCGGCCCCAAGUCCGGCCGCUUCCGUGAAGAAAUCAACGGCAACUUCAGACAUAUCGCUCCGCCGGAAUAGGAGAAGCACCCAGCAUGGUCGGGAAAAGCUAUAUAUAUACCGGAUUGAUAUCUGUUAGUUUAAAUUCGAGGUUUCUUUCUUGGUUCCUAUAUAUGUUUUGCCGGCCGGCCCAUGCAUGCAUGCCUUGUACUCCUAGCUAGCUACUCCUAGAUAGUAGUUUUAUUAUCUUCUCUUGGGCCUCUUUGAUUAGUUGUGUUCCCUUCUUGUGUGGCGAGAUCUAUUAUAGUUGCCCGGCGUGUGUGAGUGACUGAGUGGUCGGUGUGACGUUGGUGCAAAGUGUAGCGUGUGAAAGGAGGUGCGUACGAUGAGCACAUGGAAAGUUGGAAAGGCCAAGAGAGGAAAAAAGAAUGAGUUGUG